UCCAACUGGGGUUCUUCUACUUUUCAAAAUCUCAACCCGGAGAUGAUGAUAAGCAGCAGCUUAUCACAGUCUCAACCAGAGCUAUUGGCUUCCCAUUUCUUUGGUUUGGAUUACAAUUUAUCACUGCCAGACACUUGCAUUGAUCCUCUUUUCGAUACUAACAAUAACGAUUCCUUCUGCUCCGAUAAUAACUACACCCAUUUGAAUUUCCUUUCCAAUUUCCAUUCCCAACCAGACAAUAGUUUUCUCUCCCACCAAACAGAAAAUUUUCCUCUCCAUGAUGAAUUAUUUGAGUCCUCCUGCUACUACUUCCCCAAACGCCAAAAGAUGAGCUAUGAAAGCCACUUACACAUGAACAAUAAUAAUACUAAUACUACUUCUCCAUCGUUCUUUGACGGGUUCGUUCCGAAUCCUGGUUUGGUUUCGGAGUUGUUGCCGGAAGUAGUGUUUGGUCAAGUUCAUGAUGAAUCUCCGAUUCUUCAACCUUCAUGCCAUGGCUAUGGCAGUAGUGGGAACAACAAGGAGAUGAAUAGUACUGGUACUACGAUGAAGAAGACGAGUAGUGGAGGGUUGUCUGCUCAGAGCAUUGCGGCUCGAGAGAGGAGGAGGAAGAUAACAGAGAAGACUCAGGAGCUUGGGAAGCUGAUUCCAGGUGGGAAUAAGAUGAACACUGCUGAGAUGUUCCAAUCUGCUUCCAAGUAUGUCAAGUUCUUGCAGUCCCAGGUCUCAAUUCUUCAAUUCAUGGGGUCAAUUCAGGAGACAAAGGAAGAAGCAUUGCAUGUCCAAGGACUUGAAAUUUUAGCUUCCCAAACUAUCCAGGAGAAGUUGUACACAGAAGAGAAAUGCUUGGUUCCAAUGGAAUUUGUUCGACUUCUAGCUAAUGAUCCUGAGAUCCGAUCAGGACCGUUCAUCAAGGAAAUUGAUCAGCUCAUCAUGCCAACCAAUGGCUGCUAGAAGUUGACAGAAAUUCAUUUUAAUCAAUGAAAUCUAAUUUUUGUUAUUAAUAUGUUGUCCUUUAGAGUUAAACUUAAUUUUUGUUGUAUUCUCUGAUCCUG